UCGCUCCCUCUCCUUCCUCCUCCGCCUCCUCAGCUCUAGGGCUAGAAUAUCUAUGGGUCGAAACGUGAUGCGAUGAAUCCGAGAGAGACCGAAACUGGGACGAGGAGUGCGGCGGAAACGGCGGGACUCCAGGGCAUGGGGGCUUCACCACAAUAGAGGCAGCGCCCUCACCCGCCGCCGCUAGCCCCUCCGAAUCGAAGCCCCCUCGUGAAAAGGAUGGCGGCGGCACCUACCCAGAUAGAAGCCGAACUGUAUUACCUGAUCGCUAGAUUCUUGCAGUCCGGACCCUGCAACAAAUCCGCUCAGGUGCUAGUACAGGAGCUCGAGGAGCAUCAGCUGAUUCCGCGCCGCUUAGACUGGGAGGGGAAGGAGCAUCGAAGAAGCUUCGAGGAUCUGGUGGCAGCCAAUGCACACAUUCCUCCAGACUACCUCCUUAAAAUUUGUGAGCGGAUUGGUCCCAUACUAGAUAAGGAGAUCCCUCAGAGUGUUCCUGGGGUACAGACAUUGCUUGGUGUUGGUCGGCAGUCUCUGUUACGGGAUGCCAAAGACUGUAAGAGUACACUAUGGAAUGGGUCCGCUUUUGCAGCUCUCCAUAGAGGCAGACCUCCAGAACUACCUGUAAAUUAUGUGAAACCUCCAAAUGUGGUGAAUAUCACCUCUGCCAGGCAAUUAACAGGAUGCAGUCGCUUCAGCCAUAUUUUCCCUUCAUCUGCUUACCAGCACAUUAAGAUGCAUAAGAGAAUUCUGGGGCACUUGUCAUCUGUCUACUGUGUAGCAUUUGACCGAAGUGGGAGAAGAAUUUUUACAGGUUCAGAUGACUGUUUGGUGAAAAUUUGGGCAACGGAUGACGGACGCCUCCUUGCUACACUUCGAGGGCACUCUGCUGAAAUAUCUGACAUGGCUGUAAACUAUGAAAACACUCUUAUUGCUGCAGGCAGCUGUGAUAAGGUUGUAAGAGUGUGGUGUCUUCGAACUUGUGCACCAGUAGCAGUCCUUCAGGGACAUUCAGCUUCUAUUACUUCCAUUCAGUUUUGUCCAUCAACUAAAGGCACAACCAGAUACCUCACUUCUACCGGUGCUGAUGGAACAAUCUGUUUCUGGCAAUGGCAUGUAAAAACAAUGAAAUUUAGAGAUCGCCCAGUUAAAUUUACUGAGAGAUCCAGACCUGGAGUUCAGAUAUCUUGUUCAUCUUUUAGUUCUGGUGGUAUGUUCAUUACAACAGGCAGUACUGACCAUGUGAUCAGAAUAUAUUAUUUGGGUUCUGAGAUUCCUGAGAAAAUUGCUGAGUUAGAGUCACAUACGGACAAAGUUGUUGCUGUUCAAUUCUGUAACAAUGGAGACAGUUUAAGAUUUGUUAGUGGAAGCAGAGAUGGAACAGCAAGAAUUUGGCAAUAUCAGCAACAAGAAUGGAAGAGUAUAGUGCUAGAUAUGGCUACUAAAAUGACUGGGAAUAACUUGCCUUCUGGGGAAGACAAGGUCACUAAACUUAAGGUGACUAUGGUAGCCUGGGAUCGCUAUGACACCACAAUUAUUACUGCAGUGAACAAUUUCCUUUUGAAAGUAUGGAAUUCAGUCACUGGGCAACUUCUUCAUACAUUAUCCGGACAUGAUGAUGAAGUAUUUGUUUUGGAAGCACAUCCAUUUGAUCAAAGGAUCAUACUUUCAGCGGGCCAUGAUGGGAACAUUUUCAUUUGGGACCUUGACCGGGGGACCAAAAUUCGGAAUUAUUUUAACAUGAUUGAAGGCCAAGGCCAUGGUGCAGUGUUUGAUUGUAAAUUUUCACCAGAUGGAAACCAUUUUGCCUGCACAGAUUCUCAUGGGCAUUUGCUGCUUUUUGGUUUUGGAUGCAGUAAAUACUAUGAAAAGAUUCCAGAUCAGAUGUUCUUCCACACGGAUUAUCGACCUCUUAUCCGUGAUGCCAACAACUAUGUAUUAGAUGAACAAACCCAGCAAGCUCCUCACCUCAUGCCUCCCCCAUUCUUGGUGGAUGUUGAUGGAAAUCCUCAUCCUACAAAAUUCCAAAGGCUGGUACCAGGACGGGAAAAUUGUAAAGAUGAACAACUUAUACCACAGCUGGGAUAUGUGGCUAAUGGUGAUGGUGAGGUGGUAGAACAGGUAAUUGGGCAACAAACCAAUGACCAAGAUGAGAGCAUUCUUGAUGGAAUAAUCAGGGAGCUACAGAGAGAACAAGAUCUGAGACUAAUUAACGAAGGAGAUGUUCCACAUUUUCCAGUUAAUAGAUCAUAUCCUGCUAAUGGUGCUCUGAGAAGUCCAAAUAUGGACAUAUCUUCUCCAAAUAUUGGGCUCCGACGUAAUGGUCAAAUUGAAGGUGUCCGACAAAUGCAUAACAAUGCUCUUCGUAGCCAGAUGGCCACUGAACGAGAUCUCAUGGCAUGGAGCAGAAGAGUGGUGGUAAAUGAACUAAAUCAUGGGGUUAGUAGGGUUCAGGAAGAAUGUAGAACUGCGAAAGGUGACAUAGAAAUCAGUCUCUAUACAGUUGAAAAGAAGAAAAAACCAUCUUAUGCUACCCAAAGGAAUGACUAUCAGCCUAGCUGUGGAAGGUCUCUACGAAGAACACAACGUAAGCGUCAGCAUACUUACCAAACACGGUCCAACAUUGAGCAUAAUUCGCAAGCGCUGUGUCAAAGUUCAGGUGUACAGGAAGAUUCAGACAGCUCCUCAGAGGAGGAUGAAACAGUUGGCACAAGUGAUGCUUCUGUAGAGGAUCCUGUCAUUGAAUGGCAAAGUGAAAGUUCUUCCAGUGAUUCAUCAAGUGAAUAUUCUGACUGGAUAGCAGAUGCUGGAAUAAAUUUGCAACCUCCAAAAAGACAAACUAGACAGGCAACACGGAAAAUAUGCAGCAGCUCUGAAGAGGAGAAUUUGAAGUCACUAGAAGAGAGGCAAAAGAAACCUAAACAGACUAGAAAGAAGAAAGGAGGGCUGGUUUCUAUGGCAGGGGAACCCAAUGAAGAAUGGUUUGCCCCUCAGUGGAUCUUGGAUACUAUUCCACGAAGAUCUCCAUUUGUCCCACAAAUGGGAGAUGAGCUUAUCUAUUUUAGGCAAGGCCAUGAAGCUUAUGUGCGAGCUGUAAGGAAAUCAAAAAUAUACAGCGUUAAUUUACAAAAACAACCAUGGAAUAAAAUGGAUCUCAGGGAACAAGAGUUUGUUAAGAUUGUAGGAAUCAAAUAUGAGGUUGGACCACCUACACUAUGCUGCUUGAAGCUUGCAUUUCUGGACCCCAUUUCAGGCAAAAUGACUGGAGAAUCUUUUUCCAUUAAGUAUCAUGAUAUGCCAGAUGUCAUUGACUUCCUUGUGCUACAUCAGUUUUAUAAUGAAGCCAAAGAAAGGAACUGGCAGAUCGGUGAUAGAUUCCGCAGUAUAAUAGAUGAUGCCUGGUGGUUUGGGACUGUGGAGAGUCAGCAGCCUUUUCAACCAGAGUAUCCUGAUAGUUCUUUCCAGUGUUACAGUGUUCACUGGGACAAUAAUGAAAGAGAAAAGAUGAGCCCCUGGGAUAUGGAGCCAAUUCCAGAAGGAACUGCCUUUCCAGAUGAAGUUGGUGCUGGUGUUCCUGUGUCCCAGGAGGAACUGACUGCUUUGCUAUACAAACCCCAGGAAGGAGAGUGGGGAGCUCAUUCCAGAGAUGAGGAAUGUGAACGGGUUAUUCAAGGCAUCAACCACCUUCUUUCCCUCGAUUUUGCCAGCCCUUUUGCUGUUCCAGUGGAUCUCAGUGCCUAUCCCUUGUAUUGUACUGUAGUUGCAUAUCCAACUGACCUCAAUACCAUCAGGCGGAGACUUGAAAAUCGCUUUUACAGGAGAAUAUCAGCAUUAAUGUGGGAGGUUCGCUACAUUGAACAUAAUGCCAGGACUUUCAAUGAGCCAGACAGUCCUAUAGUAAAAGCAGCCAAAAUUGUAACUGAUGUCUUACUUCGAUUUAUUGGGGACCAGAGCUGUACUGAUAUACUGGAUACUUAUAACAAAAUUAAAGCAGAAGAACUAAACAGUACUGAUGCAGAGGAGGAUACAGAAAUGGUUGAUUUAGAUUCAGAUGGCCCUGGUACUUCAUCUGGCAGAAGGGUCAAAUGUCGAGGCAGAAAACAGUCCUUAAAGUGUAAUCCUGAUGCUUGGAGAAAACAGUGCAAAGAACUGUUGAGUCUCAUUUAUGAACGUGAAGACUCAGAGCCAUUUCGACAGCCAGCUGAUCAUCUUUCUUACGCAGGCCAUCAAGAGCAAGAGGGAGAACCCUCGGGGUCAAUUGUUUUGGAAAGACAACAAGAUCCAUCUCUUUCGGAGGAUUAUCAAGGUGUUAUAGACACUCCUAUGGACUUCAGCACUGUGAAAGAAACUCUGGAAGCAGGAAACUAUGGUAGUCCUCUGGAAUUUUAUAAAGAUGUUCGCCAAAUAUUCAGCAACUCCAAAACUUAUACCUCCAAUAAAAAAUCAAGGAUCUAUAGCAUGACACUGAGGUUAUCUGCCUUAUUUGAAAGUCAUAUUAAAAAUAUCAUCUCUGAAUAUAAGUCAGCAAUCCAGAGUCAGAAGAGGAGAAGGCCACGGUACAGAAAACGUCUGAGAAGCAGCAGCAGUUCAUUAUCAAGUAGCAGAGCUCCUAGUCCAAAAGGGAAACAGAAACAAAUGAAGUUGCAGCCUAAAAAUGACCAGAAUACCUCAGUGUCUUAUGCAAGGACCAGCUCUCCCUUCUCGUCUCCUGUUUCAGAUGCUGCUGAAGGGCUUUCACUAUAUUUACUUGAUGAUGAGGUGGAUGGACCAUUUUCUUCAUCAAGCUUCAGUGGAUAUAGCCGAAGUGGAAAUAGCCAUGACCCAGGGAAAGCCAAAUCAUUUCGGAAUCGAGUUUUGCCAAUUAAACAAGAUCACUCCCUUGAUGGACCCGUUACAAAUGGUGAUGGCAGAGAGCCCCGGACAGGAAUCAAGAGAAAACUGCUUAGUGCAUCGGAAGAAGAUGAAAGCAUGGGAAGAGAAGACAAAGAGAAGAAAGAAUCAAAAGAGAAAUCACAUUUAUCCUCCUCAGAGAGUGGAGAGUUAGGAUCCAGUUUAAGUUCUGAAAGUACCUGCGGUUCUGAUUCUGAUUCUGAAUCAACUUCCAGAACAGAUCAAGAUUAUGUAGAUGGAGACCAUGACUAUAGCAAGUUUGUACAAACCAGGCCUAAAAGAAAACUCAGAAAGCAAUAUGCCAAUGGAAAAAGAAACUGGAAAACAAGAGGCACAGGAGGAAGGGGCAGAUGGGGGAGAUGGGGGAGAUGGAGUAGAGGAGGCAGAGGAAGAGGAGGCAGGGGACGAGGGGGUCGAGGUAGAGGUGGAGGUAGUACCAGAGGGAGAGGGAGAGGGAGAGGAGGAAGAGGUGCUUCUAGAGGAGCCACCAGAGCCAAACGUGCACGUAUUGCUGAUGAUGAAUUUGAUACCAUGUUUUCAGGACGUUUCAGUAGACUGCCACGAAUUAAAACAAGAAACCAAGGCAGGAGGACUGUUUUAUAUAAUGAUGAUUCUGAUAAUGACAAUUUUGUGUCCACUGAAGAUCCUCUGAAUCUUGGUACAUCCAGAUCAGGCAGAGUGCGUAAAAUGACAGAAAAAGCCAGGGUUAGCCAUCUCAUGGGAUGGAAUUAUUAACAGUUAAGAAAUUUAGAAUAAUUUAAAAAAUUCAAUGGCCUUCUACUGCAGGGAAUUUACCAGGAUAUCUACAAAGCAAGUUGUGUGGGGACUUACGCUUCCUUUCACAUUGGUGCUUUUCCAUUAUGCCAGUACACAUUUGUUUCAAGACUUUUGAUCUCCACACUUCAUUUGUUCAAACAAGCCUUAUUCAUUAGGCCUUAAAUUUUAAAAAAUUCUGUGCACACACACACAUACACACACACACACACACACACACACACCACAGACACACUACAGAUUUACUACAUUAAAGGAGCAUUCAGCUUCUUAAGAGUAGCAUGACAUUUUUAUCUCAGUAGACUAUCCCUCUUUUGCUUUUGUAUCACAGAAGUAUAGCAGCUUCUUACAGAGUUUUAUAUAGUUUGUUUUUGCCAUUUUGAUUCCUGUACCCAGUAAUAAUAACUUUUGCACAAUACACCAAUCCUAAAGGCAGCUAUUAAAUGUUUACAGUUUCUAUAUUGUAAGAACGAUCUGGAUUAUUUUACUCUUCCCAGGCCAAACUUUCAAUAAUUGUACUGAACUGAAGUAUAUAUUUAUACUACAGUUUUUUUUUGGGGGGGGUGGGGGGAUCUUGAUAUGCUUUUCAUUGAUUUGCUUAAUUCAUGUUAAAGGUGAGAAAGGGUUGGUGCCUUGUAAAUACGUAGCAAAUCUUUGUGGUGUGUUCUGAUGUGUGCAUUAACUUUAUUAAAAAAGAAUACUUGAGGUAUCAAUCUAGACAAGGUGCCAAAUGCAAAAGUUUCUUGCAUCCAUUUUCUUUUUCCUAUUAUAUUUUGUUGCAUUAAUAGAACUUGUGUAGCUUCAAGGAUACCUUAAACAUUUGAACAAUCCUCAUCCACAAAAAAAUAACUUCUUUGAAUAGUAGCUCAGCUACCUCUAUUAACUACAACUACUGGAAGCAUUAAGGAAAAUAGAUACAGUUAUUCAUUGACUAAGGAGAAAUAGAACAAGCUUGGUGAAAAUAAAUAUUCAUAAGUUAUAAGCUGAGAGGUUGUUAAUCAUAUUAGCUCUCAAAUUAAUGGUUGUAAUUAACAAACUUGUAUAAGUAUAGUAUACUCUAUAUUAGACUUUUCUUAGAACGUAUUUAUGUAAGUAGACUUGGGUGACUGCAUAUAUAUAUAUAUAUAUAUAUAUAUAUAUAUAUAUAUAUACACACCUGCUGCCACUUACUAGUUAACAGCUGUGAGACAAUGGUUUUCAUUUGAAUUUCAAAAUAUAACAAAACACCUAGUUUGAGUUGGAAUGUUUCGGCUAACUAAUAUUUUGAAUCAAUAUACAUAGGUUCUGCUCAUACCAUUCCAAAAGGUUCUUUUGUUAUAAUCUUUCAGAAAAGAACCUCAUUGCACUGCAUACUGAUAUUCUGAGUUAUUAUUUUAGAGGUGAAAAAAAAUUUUCAACCCUUAUGGUCUUGUUUACAGCAGUAGAGUGCACAUAGUUCCAUAAGUGAGCUUGAGUUCCAAGGUCAUUUUUAUUCCGUAAAUUCGAGAGUUUGCAAAUUUGUUAGAUACUUAGAUUUUUGAGGUGGAAGAGAAUAUAUUGAUCUUUUUUUUUUUUUUUGUAACAGCAGAUUUAUUGCACUUAGAACAGAUUUGUGGGAUAAAAGAAACUUUUUAAUGUACGCCUAGUAAUCCCAGGAUAUUUAAGCUAAUGUGUUUGUUUCAUGCUUUCAAUCAUUUCAUGCAUCUGAAAAAUCCUUAAGUGCAGAGGAAGGAGUACACACAUAACUUUGCUUUUUUGGUUGGGUCAGGUGGGGGUUAUUCUUGGACUAACAUCUUUAAGCAAUUUUCACUUGCAGUAGAAUUGUUCAGGCUUUAAGAAAGUAUUCUUGUGAAUUGUUAAUGGCACUAAAUUCUGUUACUGGAGAGUAGAUCAAGCUUUUUUUUUUUUUUUUUUUUUUUUUUUUAGUCAUUUUUUCACUAAACCAAAACUACUUCUGGUUGUAAAUCAACUGCCACUUUUAACCAUAGUAUAGAUUAAAAAAUAUUCAUAUUUGAAACUCUACAUUUGAUUUUUGCUAAGAUAUGUUUUUUUGUUUUGUUUUUUUUAGUUUUUCAUCUCUUGGGCAUUUAGGCUAAAUUUGUGCCUGUGUUUUCCUGGAAUCAAUAAUACUUUGGCCUACCCUAAUCAAAGUAACAGUUACUUAAAUUCAUGGAUAUACCCAAAUGAGUAUCAUGUGUAUCGUUUUAGUGUGAAACCCUUUGUUGACAUUCUUCUAUGAAGACCUGACCUCUUGAAAUGUAGAAGAAUGCCAUCUAUGUGAUUUUAGCUGUCUGAAGCUUUAUUUAUAAUUUAUUUUGAAAAAUAAAAAUGCCACAUUAAUCCCCCAAAUGUCAAGAUUUUCUAGGUUUAGAUACUUAGAAUAACAAGGCUAAAGACAUUUUAAGCAUAUUUUAUAUGUAGUGAAAUACUGUGAAAAUACUAGUGACAGCAUUUUGCUGUAAUGUUGGUUUCAGUUAUUAAGAUUUAAAGAGUUAGUCACCAGGGUGUUUUAGAUGAGCAUAGUUAUCAUUUAUUAUAAAACAAACAGAUCAUUUCUGUUUGCAUGCAAAUUAUUUUAAUAAUUGUGAAAAUAAAAGUUUGGAAAAUGUAUUUUUACUUUUAUACCUGGACUUCCCCCCAAUUUAUACUUCGCUUAUUUUGUAGCACUGCCUCCUGUGAAUGUGAUGUAAUUUAUAUCACAUUGACUAUAUUAUCGCUUUAAUUUUUUAGAGGCCCUUUAACCUAAAUAAGAUCUGGGUUCAGUCAUAGCAAAGCAAGUAGGAAAUGAGCUAAGAAGGUUGAAGAAAAGUCUAAAUCUUAAAUGCAUUGCUAAGAAAAAAAACCACUGUUAUAUUUAGGUUCAUGAGAGCAUACAGAUGUAUAAGCCUAAUCUUAUGCUAGGUAUUAGUAGUCAGCGACCUGUAAUAUUUCUCAUGAAUGCUAAUAACAUUAAUUCCCAGCUUUAAGAUCUUAGCAUGGUAUAUGUUUAUGAAAACAGAAUUGUGUGUGUUUUCUAUGACUUGCUGUGUGUAUCUCUUCCAGAUUCGGAUGCUCUCUAAAACAUUCACUAGCCUGUUAGCCUAGUGACUAAAUUUGUCCGUGUGUGUGCGCGCGCGCGCGUGCGUGUGCAUACACCCAUGUAUGUAUGUAGAUUGUGUCCAACUUGGCACACUUUAUCUCAGACAUAAAAAAUAAUAUCACUGUCUACCAAUUCUUUGCCUGUUGUAAAGCGCUUAGCAUGUGUGUGUGUGUGUGUGUGUGUGUGUGUGAAUGUGUGUGUGUACUACUUGAUCAUUCAUUUUGUUAUACCUUCUAGAUAAACAAUCUAGGUUUUGUUCUAUACACCUGUCCUAUAUUUUCUUUUAAUUUUCCCUUCUUUCAUUUGUUUCUUGUUUGUUGGUUUCCCUUACCAGAGAUCAGGCUUGUACUAGAAUUAUUCCAUAUAGCACAUUGUUUCUCCCAUAGUAAAAUUCAGAAAUCUCAUUCGUACAACUGUGUGCUCAGAUAGUUAACUCAGCUUCCCAAUAAUUUGAAAUAAAUUUGAGUGAUUAAUCUUUUUUGCUGUAUUUUUUUUUGUAAUCCUAUAGGUUGUCAUCAGACAAUAACAGUGAUUUAAAGAGAAAGAUGUGAAUGCCACUUCUCACUUUCUGAUAAAAACUUUUUUGAGCAUUUUUCAAAAUUUGUAUGUUUAUGGUAGUGAUAAAUUAAACAUCUUAUAUAAAACACAUAUAUCUUGGAAAUUAUUUUAUGCACAUUUACCAACUGGUACUUAUCUUUAAAGUUCGAAUUUUCACAUUCACCAAAAGGAGACUUAAAUCCUGUGUAAUUUUUAGUAUAUUUUGAUGUCCAGACUUUUAGUUCUGGGGAAAGAAAUGAAACUUUUGACAUUUUAAAGUUCAUUGUUUUAAAUGUUAUCCCCAUCCCCAACAUUUUUGUGGUACAUGAGGCUAUGUGAAUGUUCUGUUGAAAAUAGAAUAUUCUAAGAUCACUUUUAAGGCUUAUUUUAAAAAUUAGUAUGAAAAUAUUUUCAUGCUUCUUUGCUUUUCACCUCUUAGUGAAGUUUCUUUAACCAAAUUUUAAUUACCAAGUUUACCAAGUUCUGAUUAAAUUCUAAUACAAAUUUUAAUUUUUUUCAAUGUGCUAUAUUUUGUGGAAUGCGGAUUGCCCUCAAUUUCUUGUAGCCUUAUCCGUGAUUAUUUCCUUUUUCACCAUUCCUCUCUUGCUACUUUUAUCCUCAUUUCUCUUUCUGCAAUGAUUUUACCUAAUUUAGCACACUUCAAAAAGACUGGUAAUUUAUGAUUCAUGGUGGGAGAAGUACAGUAGAAAGGCCCUGCAGUUUAGACUUAAAGUGUGUUUGUUUAUUUAUAUGUAUACCCAUUUAUUAUUCCUAUCUUAAUUAAGUCUAGAAUAUCAGACUUUGACAUAUAAAAGCAUGACAAGUAUUUUCUAAAAAAAUAAAACUAUUGAUACAUAUUAAAGUCGCCAUUGGUAAUUGACUUUUAAGUUCACAUACAAAAAAUAUUUAGAAACCCAGUUGGGAAAUGUGUUUUUUACAUAUGUCACCAGAUACACAUUAGGCAGUACUAUAAAUGUUAGUUCUUUAAACAAUACUGUGGUGAUGGCAAUCAGUAAUUUAUUUCUUUGUCCUGUAACUUAUCAUCCUUGUCUUUUGUAAUCCUUUACAAAGUAUUAACAAAGCUGUACCUUAUGUUUGUUCUUAGUAUACAUAAGUUUUAAGAUGGAAAAUCAUUCAGUUAAUAGUUGCUGUGAUGUUGUAUGUGGGCAAAAUGUCCAUUAAACUGAAAUUCAGUAAAGAAAGGUAAACUAGCCUGGCUUGGUUUAUAAGAGAUGUUUUGUUUGGCAGUUGUAAGUCAUUAUAAGCAAUUAUCUUCAAAGACAAAAAAUACUGAACUAAUUUGUUGCCAUUCUUUAUGGGAUGUUUACAAUAAAAUUCCAAGUUGUUUGGAAUCAGUUGCAGUCUUGCUGCUUUGUGCCUUAGGUACUAGAUAUAAAUUAACAAGAAGAAAGAAAUAUGGAGUUACCUUUUCAUUAUCCAGCUUCAGAGUUUAUAACUUGUAGCUCUUGGGUCCAUUCUUGUUUCUUUGUCAUUUAGUAUUUUAUUGUUUCUAAUCUGAGGACCUAGGUACUUUCUACUAUCAAAGAAAAAUUAGUCUUUUUUUGCUUUUGUCAUUACAGAUAUUCUGGAUCACUUUUAGGUAAUAAAUAUAUUAACAUUUUUUAAAUGUAGGUUGCUUGCUGCAUUAAAGCUUGAAUCAACA